UGGGCGCACCCCGGCGCCAGGCGGCCGCGCUGCCCACAGAGCCCCUAGCCGGCCCCGGCACUGGGAGGGAAGGCGCGGCCCUGGGGUCGGACAGACAAAGCGGGCAUCCAAUCGAGCCCGGCACUGCCUCCCCGAAGGGAGGGAGAGUCUGCUCGGACGGGCCCAAUGAGCAAGGAGCCCGAGUGGGACUUCCUCCCGGAAUCCCGUUGGCCAGAAUAGCGGGGCCGUGGGUGACACGUAAGUUGGGCAGGAGGUGGCGGCGCGGCAGAGGCUGCAGCCGACCCGUCAGUGACACCGCUCUGCCGUCCCCAAAACCAGCCGAGGCAGCUGGCCCCCACCCUUCCACCCAUUGGGCGGGCCGCACGGGGGCGCGGCCCGGAGUCCUAGUCCCUUUGUUGGACGCGCACCCCCUCCCUUAGGUGGCAACAAAGUCGUGCAGUGGGAGCCGCCGCGAGGGGGCGGGGAGUGGCCAGGGCGGGACUCCAAGAACUGCCCGGGGGCAGCGGGGCCAAAAAGUGGGAAGAAAGAAAAAAGGCAGGAGGCAUCUGGGGACAGGCGCGAGGGCAGCCGGCUCUGAAGUAUGCUGAGGGCCCUCUCCCGGCCCCGGGCAUUCGCAGAGAACGAGCCUCGCAGAAGUUUGGCUGCAGCUGCCCGGGCGGCGUCGAUGGCUGCGCGCCCCGCGACGCGCGGGGGCUGAGCGGGCGCCACUUCCCCUCCGGGCCGGCUUUUGUGUCUGGCAUCUCCUCCUCAUGCUGCGUCUGGCCACCUCCUGCGGCGGCCGCUGCUGAGACGCUCGCUCGGACCAAGAGGAGGAGACGGCGGGGGCGGCCGCGGCUUUGGGUCCAGGCGGGACUAUGGGAAACGGGAUGUGCUCCCGAAAGCAGAAGCGGAUUUUCCAGACGCUGCUGCUGCUGACCGUGGUGUUUGGCUUUCUCUACGGCGCGAUGCUCUACUACGAGCUGCAGACGCAGCUGCGGAAAGCCGAGGCAGUGGCGCUCAAGUACCAGCAGCACCAGGAGUCCCUUUCCGCCCAGUUACAAGUUGUAUAUGAACACAGAUCAAGAUUAGAGAAAUCCUUGCAAAAGGAAAGACUUGAACAUAAAAAAGCAAAGGAAGAUUUUCUUGUUUAUAAGUUAGAAGCACAAGAAACAUUAAAUAAAGGAAGGCAAGAUUCCAAUAGCAGAUACAGUGCACUGAAUGUCCAACAUCAGAUGUUGAAAAGCCAACACGAGGAGCUAAAGAAACAGCAUAGUGACUUGGAAGAGGAACAUCGCAAACAAGGGGAAGACUUCAGUAGAACAUUUAAUGACCAUAAGCAAAAAUACUUGCAGCUCCAACAAGAAAAAGAACAAGAACUUUCUAAGCUAAAAGAAACUGUAUACAAUUUGAGAGAAGAGAAUAGACAACUAAGGAAGGCACACCAAGACAUACAUACACAGCUUCAAGAUGUCAAGACUCAAGUUGCAGAAUAUAAACAACUGAAAGAUACUCUGAAUAGGAUUCCAAGCCUUCGAAAACCUGAUCCAGCAGAACAGCAAAAUGUGACCCAGGUGGCACAUUCUCCACAAGGUUAUAACACAGCAAGGGAGAAGCCAACCCGAGAGGUGCAGGAGGUGUCUCGAAAUAGUGAUGUGUGGCACAACCAUGAAGCAAUUCCUGGAAGAGCAGAAGACACAAAACUCUAUGCUCCCACCCAUAAGGAGGCAGAAUUUCAGGCCCCCCCAGAGCCAAUCCAACAAGAAGUGGAACGCAGAGAACCUGAGGAGCAUCAGGUGGAAGAGGAGCACAGAAAGGCCCUGGAGGAGGAAGAAAUGGAGCAAGUCGGGCAAGCAGAACAUCUUGAGGAGGAACACGAUCCAUCACCAGAGGAGCAGGAUCGGGAGUGGAAAGAGCAGCAUGAGCAACGAGAAGCAGCCAACCUCCUGGAAGGACACGCACGUGCUGAGGUGUACCCUUCAGCUAAGCCAAUGAUCAAAUUCCAAUCACCCUAUGAGGAGCAGUUGGAACAGCAGAGACUGGCAGUGCAGCAGGCGGAGGAGGCCCAGCAGCUGCGGGAACACCAAGAAGCUUUGCACCAGCAGAGGCUGCAGGGGCACUUAUUAUGGCAGCAGCAACAGCAGCAGCAGCAGCAGCAGCAGCAGCUGGCAAGAGAGAUGGCCCUGCAGAGGCAGGCUGAGCUUGAGGAGGGCCGGCCGCAGCACCAAGAGCAGCUCCGGCAGCAAGCUCAUUAUGAUGCUAUGGAUAAUGAUAUUGUUCAGGGAGCAGAGGACCAGGGAAUCCAAGAAGAGGAAGGAGGUGCCUAUGAAAGAGACAACCAGCACCAAGAUGAAGCAGAAGGAGAUCCAGGUAAUAGACAUGAGCCUCAUGAACAAAGACCCCGAGAAGCCAACCCAGAAUCUGAGGCAGAUAGGGCAGCUGUAGAGGAUAUAAACCCAGCAGAUGACCCUAAUAAUCAAGGUGAGGAUGAAUUUGAAGAAGCCGAGCAAGUGAGAGAAGAAAAUUUGCCAGAUGAAAAUGAAGAGCAAAAACAAAGUAAUCAAAAGCAAGAGAAUACAGAAGUGGAGGAACAUUUGGUGAUGGCCGGAAAUCCAGACCAGCAGGAGGAUAAUGUUGAUGAACAGUACCAGGAAGAGGCAGAAGAGGAGGUUCAGGAAGAUUUGACUGAAGAGAAAAAAAGGGAACUAGAGCAUAAUGCUGAAGAGACCUAUGGUGAAAAUGAUGAAAAUCCUGAUGAUAAAAACAAUGAUGGAGAAGAGCAAGAAGUUCGAGAUGACAACCGCCCCAAAGGCCGAGAGGAACACUACGAGGAGGAAGAAGAGGAGGAAGAAGACGGGGCUGCAGUUGCUGAGAAAUCGCAUCGAAGAGCUGAAAUGUAGCUGUGCCCAAUUUCUAGACAACGCUCAGCCAACGGAUUCUUUUCAAGCUGCUCAAACAUAAAUCCGCCUACUGAACUCUAGGAUAUUUAAUUACAAAAAUUAAGAACUUAGACUUUUUAAAAACUUUUGUAUUAGAAAUGCGCAUACAUUUAUAUGAAUAUAUUUUGAUAACGUAGGUCUAGAGCUUCUUUUAUAUUCAAGCUAAACAUGAAAAAGAAGAAAAACAAUAAAGUAAACCUGAGCCCCCAAGUCCCAAUUUUUUUAAUAGAUUAUGUGAUGUUGGAAAGGUCAUUGAUUUUGUAUAUGUUUCAGCGUGUUACCUUUCUGGCUGCCAGUUUCCAGGUGUUCUUUGUUUGCCUUUGAUAAAAUACAGGAUUUAAGAACAGAGAGUACUGCAAAAUGCCAUGCAGACUUUAAAGAGAAUGGCCCAUUUACUAAUUGCUGCCCUUCAGAUGUCUUUAUGUAUAGUUCUGAUAGACUUUUCACCAGUCUAUGUAUCUCUGGAGUGAGAUCUAUGUACAAAGUGACAUACAAUUGGAAAUCCAUUUUUGUUGUAAAGACAUUGUUUUUCAGACUUUUCAGAUCAGUUAGAAAAAUGUUUGUCAUUGCUUUAAAAUCAUAGCUGUUCUGUUUAAGAGGAAUUGAAUUUAAAAAUGAGAGAGUAUUAAAACUCAUGUGGCAGUAUUGUGGUCUUAAUCAGAUAUUGCAGCAUUCAAACAAGGUAUGGACACAUCAACAUAUUCACCUUUUUGAAGGACCAGUGACUUGGUUAAAAACUAAUGAGUGUUUGUGUGUGGUGUUGUCUAUGCGAGCACCCGUUCUCGAUUUUUUUUUUUUUUUUUUUUGUCUGAAGCCAUUGAUUGAUAUUCUUGUUUCAGUGUCUGGUUCCCUACAAGUAAUAUAUAUUUCCUCUUUAAGCUCUGUGCCUCAAUAUGCAAUCACUUUGAUAAUAAGUAUAAAUAUGAAGACAUACCAAACUGCAAAUAGGAUUAUUUUUCAAAACUAUAUGGUGAAACAUAUGGUGAUACGAUAGACUCUUAUGGUUUUUUUGUUUGCUGGGGUUGGGUCUGCUUUUUGCCUAUGUGUAAGGCAUUUUAAUGAUUGUGAAUAUAAUAGAUUCCUUAAAAUAAGAAAAUUAAAAAUCAGAAACUUCCGUUGGAGUAGAGACAUUUCAGUUGCAAGCAUAAAGAUUUUUAAAUAUAUAGCACUAGGUUAUAUAAUCCAUAUGUGUGUGGUUUUGUAUUAAUCAAAUUAAUAAAAAUAUUUCAUUUCCUACCAUUGUAUGAAUGUAAUUUUAUUUUUUAAUAACCACACAGAUGGUUUUGAUUGUUCCAGUUGAGUGAUUGUGUAUGUACACAUAGAAAUGUUUUGUUCAGAUGUACUUUGUGUUUCCAAUAAUCAGAAAUCUUACCUUUAUGUAUAAAAACCCAUUAUGUAAUGUAAAAUGUAUAAUAUUGUACAUAAUAUUCAGAAUACAAUUAUUUUGGUAAAUUAGCUUGUAUUUUUAAUGUCCCAGUUGCUGUAUUUAAUUAUUUGAACCGUACCGAAAGUUGGUAACAGUCAAUAAAGCUAAAAAAAAGUGGCAAAUCUUUUAAA